UGACAGUCAAGCAAAAUAAAUCUUACUUCUUCGGUGCAGUAGAUAAUCACUUCAUUAAAAUUUUGAAGACGACCAGUUAUAGCUCAUUUCUUUGAAAUUUAUAAAAAUGCCACGCGACAAUCCAUUAGGAUAAAAAACAGAUAAAUAGAGGACAACCCAAGUUAACAAACUGGAUUUUACAGCAGAAGCAGUUAAAUAGACCGGAUUUUUGGAACUUACAGUACAUGGUACUGUAACGACUUGGAACGAAAAAGGACUCUUCUCUUUUUUAAGUAAUGCAAGCAGCAGUGAUGGAGGAAUUAAACGUAGAAACCGUUGAACAACCAAUCACCAACAACCAACAAGAACUGGCCCAGCUCGAGCAGCCAUCAUCACCCACAUCUGUCGCCACGCCGACAAGCACCAACAGCGGUAAUACCAGCAAUGCAACACCAUCAUUUAGUUAUGAUGACCUAUUUCCGGCAUUGCCAGCGAAUACCGCCGCUCCACUUAGCAGUAAUGCUGCUCCACCAUGUGUGCGAGUGACCACCACGCAAAAAACUCAGGUGUUGCAUGUUACUGGCGAGGACCGAAAAACCACUGAAUCGGACAAAUUCGGUGAAGGGGAAUCAAGGCGUAUCUGUCAGCAAAUUUCAAAGGACACGGGGGCUCAAAUUGAGAUUGCUAGUGGCAAGAAUCAAUCUCUAACCUUCCUAAUCAAGGGCAAACAAAGUGAAAUCUUAGAUGCGCGCCGUCGUAUUCUAAUGCAUUUCUCUACGCAGGCUAGCAGACAGGUGUCAAUACCGAAAGAGCAUCAUCGUGUUGUUCUUGGUAAGCGCGGUGAGCGUUUGCGUGAAUUGGAGCGUGUAACCGCUACACGUAUAAAUAUUCCCUCUCAAACGGAGGAGAGUGACGUGAUUACAAUUUUGGGUACUAAAGAGGGUAUUGAAAAGGCCGAACAAGAGAUCCGCCAAUUGUCGGCUGAACAAUAUAAGAAGUGCUCAGAUCGCACCUCGGUACCAAAAGUGUAUCAUCCGUUUAUUGUGGGUCCUAACAAUGAAAAUCUCACCAAGUUAAUGGAAGAGACCGGUGCGAAGAUCAAUGUGCCACCACAAUCGGUGCAAAAGGAUGAGAUUGUUAUUUCGGGUGAGAAGGACGCUGUAGCCAAUGCUAAAGCAAAAGUGGAAGCCAUUUAUAAGGAAAUGGAAAAGAAAUGCUCCACUGUUAGCGUUGAAGUGGCUAAGUCACAACACCGGUACGUUAUCGGUCCGAAAGGUUCAACGUUGGCGGAUAUUCUUCGCAUCACUGGAGUUUCAGUUGAAAUGCCCCCUACGGAUUCUCCAUUAGAAACAAUAACAUUACGUGGACCACAAGUGGCUUUGGGUAACGCGUUGACCGUUGUUUACCAAAAGGCAAAUUCGGUGAAAUCGAUUGAAAUCGAAGCACCCAAUUGGACACACAAAUAUGUAAUCGGUCGCAAAGGUGCCAAUAUGCGUCAGUUGGAAGAGGAAUGCCCCAACGUGAAUGUUUUUUGUCUGGAUGAUAAAAUCAAACUAGAGGGCGAUCCAGAACGUGUUGACCAGGCGACCACAUAUAUCAAUGACAUUGUGCGUAAUUACUUAGACCACUAUACGUUUGUGGUGAUGACCGUUAACCCAUCCUACUACAAGCAUAUCAUUGGCAAAGCUGGCGCAAAUGUGAACCGUUUAAAGGACGAACUGAAAGUGAACAUAAAUAUUGAGGAGCGUGAAGGUCAGAAUAACAUACGUAUUGAGGGUCCCAAGGAUGGUGUUCAACAAGCUCAGCUUGAAUUACAAGAAAAAAUCGACAAACUGGAAAAUGAAAAGUCAAAGGAUGUUAUCAUCGAUCGCCGUUUACAUCGUUCGAUCAUUGGUGCCAAGGGUGAGAAGAUACGUGAAAUCAAGGAUCGUUAUCGUCAAGUCACUAUCACCAUACCAAGUCCUCAAGAAAAUACCGAUAUUGUUAAGCUACGUGGUCCUAAAGAGGAUGUCGACAAGUGCCACAAAGAUUUGCUGAAACUCGUUAAGGAAAUUCAGGAAUCUUCACACAUCAUUGAAGUACCCAUCUUUAAACAGUUCCACAAGUUUGUCAUUGGCAAGGGCGGCGCUAAUAUUAAGAAAAUACGUGACGAAACUCAAACGAAAAUCGAUUUGCCAGCGGAGGGCGACACAAAUGAAGUGAUUGUUAUCACAGGAAAGAAGGAAAAUGUUCUCGAAGCCAAGGAACGUAUUCAAAAGAUCCAAAAUGAGCUGUCCGAUAUCGUUACGGAAGAAGUCCAAAUUGCGCCAAAAUUCUAUAAUUCUAUCAUUGGAACAGGCGGUAAAUUGAUUUCAGCAAUAAUGGAGGAAUGUGGCGGCGUUUCGAUCAAGUUCCCCACCAGCGACUCGAAAAGUGAUAAGGUUACUAUUCGAGGCCCUAAAGACGAUGUGGAAAAGGCCAAGGCACAAUUGCUUGAGCUUGCCAACGAACGUCAACUAGCUUCAUUCACCGCUGAAGUGCGUGCCAAACAGCAGCAUCAUAAAUUCCUAAUCGGUAAAAAUGGCGCUUCCAUACGCAAAAUUCGUGAUGCCACCGGUGCACGCAUUAUUUUCCCUUCUAAUGAGGAUGAAGAUAAGGAGGUUAUUAUAAUUAUCGGCAAAGAGGAUAGUGUGAAAGCUGCCAAAGAGCAAUUGGAAGCCAUUAUUAAAGAUAUUGAUCAAGUUACCGAAGGAGAGAUUUCUGUGGAUCCCAAGUACCAUAAGCAUUUUGUUGCAAAACGUGGAGAAAUCUUACAUCGCAUAUCCGAAGAGAAUGGCGGUGUCAUGAUUUCAUUCCCACGACCUGGUGUCGAUUCGGACAAGGUUACAUUGAAGGGUCCCAAGGAUUGUAUUGAGGCAGCGAAGCAACGCAUUGCCGAAAUAGCUGCCGACUUAGAGGCGCAGGUCACCAUUGAGGUAGUCAUUCCACAGCGACUACAUCGCACCAUAAUGGGUGCGCGCGGCUUCAAAGUACAACAAGUGACAUCCGAACAUGAUGUACAAAUUAAAUUCCCCGAUCGCGAUGCUACCAAUCCCGUUGAGGGCUUGGUAAAUGGCACCAACGGUAAUGGUGAAGGAGGUGAUGAAAAUGCCGAACCUGUGCGCGAAUGUGAUAUCAUCCGCAUAACGGGUCGCAUCGAAAAAUGUGAAGCUGCCAAGCAGGCUCUGAUUGAUUUAAUACCGAUUGUUAAGGAACUCGAGGUGCCCUACGACCUUCAUCGCACAAUCAUCGGUCCCAAAGGUGCCAAUGUUCGCCAAUUUAUGUCCACAUAUGAUGUGCACAUUGAAUUGCCGCCCAGCGAAACAAAGUCUGAUCUGAUAAAACUUAGCGGUACACCGGCGCACGUAGAGGAAGCCAAGGCAGCUUUAGACAAAAUGAUUGAGGAAUACGAAGCGGAUCGUGCGGAUCGUGAGCUCCGCUCUUACGAGUUGAAAAUCGAUGUUGAUACCCAAUAUCAUUCGAAAUUAAUUGGUCGACGUGGUGCUGUCAUCAAUAAGUUGCGCGCCGAUCACGAUGUUCAAAUUUCGCUGCCAAAACGUACUGAUCCCGACCCAAGGAUUAUUACAAUUACCGGCUACAAAGCCAACACCGAGGCCGCGCGCGAUGCCAUUAUGGAAAUUGUAGGUGACUUACAGGAUUUGUAUCGUGAGGUCAUCGAAGUGGAUUCGCGCAUACAUUCGCACAUAAUUGGCCAACGCGGUCGCACCAUUCGCAAGAUUAUUGAAGAUUAUAAGGUUGACAUCAAGUUUGCCUCUUCUGACGAUGCUCAAACUAACCCCAAUGGAGUAACAAUUAUCGGCAAAGAAGAGGAUGUCGAAAAUGCUAAAGAAGUUAUCCUUAAUAUGGCUGAAGACUACACAAACGAGUACUUGGACAAUUUGCCACCAUCGCCACAACCUCAGACUGUGGCGGCCUUCCUACCUGGUGGCAAUGAAAACGGUUUUGUCAUGAAAGAUGCACCGUGGGAAAAAUCCAACGACAAGCAAGGCAAGAGCUCUGCUCCUAAUACUCAGUCACAGGAAGACUUUCCAGAUUUCGCAGCUGGAGGGCCUGUACCAGUGGCUACCCCCUUAACAUCAGCAUGGGGUCCGAAAAACUAAAUGAGAAAGUAAAAUCCAAACCGAAACUAGUAACAAAAAAAUAAGUAUAUAAAAAGCCGACAAAAAAACAGUAAAAUUGCAAACGCAUCAAAACAAACUAAAAACAUGAAAAGAAAAGCCAACGGUAAAAAGUCUUGAAGGAUAAACAUAAAACAUCUAGAACAUAUUGGAGCACGUACACACACAAACACACACACACACACACACACACACACACAUAUAUAUAUAUAUAUAUAUGUAUAUAUAUAUAUAUAUAUGUGUGUGUAUGUGUGAGUGUUUAAACAAAGGUUGUCCAUAGCGUUUUUGUUCUAAAAUGAAUUAUAUAUUAUAAUUUUGCAUAUUCGUUCUAGAGUCUCUAGAAAUGAAACACUAAAUACUGAUGUAGGAAACUACAUGCCACAUAAAAGACAGCAACGAAAACAACAAAUGUAUCAAUGAGAAUAUUCAAUAUGCCUGAUAUUUGUAACUAUGUGCAGAUCAAAACCCAUUUAAUAUGUGAUGUGUACAACAAUUUGUUGGCACAUGUAUAUUUACAACAAAUAACGAUAGACAAAAGGUGAUGUUUGAAAGUACUUGAUUUGUAUGUUCUUAUCAUCAGUUAAUUUUGAUUCGUAUUCAAUAGCUUAUACAGUGAACGUGUUAUCUCAAUUAAUACAUAUGUAUGAGAAUACUUGGUCGUAAAUGUUUUAUCAUGGUUUAAUUAAUUUAUUACGCCUGUUAGUCUACUGAGAGCUAACCACUGAAACGGACAUUUUUACAUUUAUUUAUUUUCUUUUUCGAAAUGGGUUAUAUAUGGGGUUGUCCUGUUUUUGUUUUUUCAAUCGCCUUGUUAUUGUACGUUUUCCAUCCAAGACGCCAGCAUGCCUAUCAGCCGAUGUUUGUGUUUUCACAAAAAAUUACGUUAAACAGAAAUCCCAAAACUAAAAUUAAAUUUUCAAUUAUUUCUCACACACAAUUGUGUGUUCUUGUACGUAGUUAUGCAAGCGUAAUAAUAUAUGUUGCAAUUAAGUUAAGUUAAAAAUUAUGUAUGUUCGGAUAUAUGCAUUCUUUGUCUUUUUUUUUACUACUUUUGAUGUUUAAAAAAAGAAUUUUAAUGAGCUACCGCACAUACAAAUGAAAGGGUCUCUACUCUUUGGUAAAGUGAAAAUUCCUACGCUAUGCGGUUAAACGAUUUUAGGGCAACGAAAAUGUCUGCCGUCAAAUGUCAAAUGUUUUGUUUUAUGUAUAUGUAGAUAUAUAUAGCAAAAUAUUAAUGAACAGUCCAACGAGAGUGUAAAAUUCUAUCGAUGACAAAUGUAUGUACGCGCAGGAAUUAAAAUGCAAAUGAUCUUGGCGCUUGCCAACGACCUUUGUAUUUGUUUUUGAGUUGAAGGAUUUAUUCAACAGUAUAAAUAUAGUUGAUGGCAAUAUUUUUUCUUUCAUUUUAAAGUUUUAUGUGUUUUUGAGCAAAAGUAGUAGAUUUUUUUAUAAUAUAUAAAGUAUUUAAUUAAACAUCAUUUAUAUAAAUAUACAUAUGUACGUGCAUAUAUAUUUUACCCAAUAGUAAUGUACUAUAGUAAAACGAUAUACUCCUUUGAAAAUGCGAAAUCCCACGAAAUUAAAAACUACGAUUGCGGUUGCAGUACCAAAUAAACAUGACCUUUCUGAAUCGUUUUAGUUGUGCGUACGUUUUUUGCCCUUUUUAUGUAUUUCUCUUUAUAAGUCGAAACAAAUUAUUUUGUCGUUUGCAAACACGUGUUUAAAAAAAAAAUAACUCUUAAAAA